UAAAAAGGAAAAAUAUCUACGUCGCAGCAAUCUCUGGCCUGAUUCGAUCUGAUGCUGCAAUUUGUGAGCGAUAACUUGAUAUGAGGCCGUGCCCGCGGCGGUGAGUAGGGAAGGGAUACUGGCAGCAUCCGAGCGUCGCGGUACGAGCAGAACAGUGAAGGACAGGACCCGGUCAGUCGUGUCGGCCGCACGAGCUAGCCACUCGCAGGGACGACAUCUCAUUCCGUGAACCCUGUUCUCUCUUGGCGCGAGUGCGUGUUCUUAAGUUUAUAGAUUGCGAAGACGGGAGACUUAAAGGAGCUGUCACGUUCUUGCUCCUUCGCCAUCAGUCUCGGCACUAAUAAAGCCGGGCCUGACAGGUGAAGACGUACCUUCGGUAAGACAACCCGCGCCAAGGAACAGAUACAAGACGUUUCCGACUCGCGGAAGGAGGCGGGCGAAGACUUGAGAACAUUCCGUGAGGACGUUCGGAUGAGAAAGUUUGUUGGAAGGACAGUAUCAUGGCAGUGGAACACAAACCGCGGAAGUCUUUUCUCAUCAGAGACAUCUUAGACGAGCAACCAGAUAGAGACAGGCCAGCUGAAGAAGAGAGGAAAGCCUCCCCGGCACCAGGCGUGACCCUGCCCGUCCGCUGGAGCUCGCAGUACCCGCUGCACCUGCACCGACCGGACCGACGGCCCCCGGAGCCAUUCAGCGCCGCCCUCAAGCCCACCCUGCCGACCAGACCCCGCAAACAGCGCCGCAGGAGGACGGUCUUCACACAGUCCCAGCUCCGCGCCCUGGAGAGGAAGUUCCGCUGUCAGAAGUACCUGAGCGUCUCCGAGCGGGCCGAGGUCGCCAGGGCCCUCGGUCUAUCCGAGACGCAGAUCAAGACGUGGUACCAGAACCGCAGAACAAAAUGGAAGCGGGAAACGAGCGUCAGCAAACGGUGGGAGGAACUGUACCGGCACGCAUGCUCAGAAAGCGACUGCCCCGGAGUACGUCAGCCUCUGCAGUCUUGCGUCACACCUGCGUCAUCUCCGGUCAACAUCCGGUCGUACGACGUGCCGACAGGACUGCUGGGAAAUCUGUCUUCUUACGUCAGAGAAUUCCCCAGGGCGAGUCAGUAAAUUCUGAACAAGCUGAAUUUUGAUUAUUUUUGUGUGUUGUAAGAAGAUUCAAAUGUUUUUUAAACCGCUUAUCUUUUCGUUCUUAGGGAACAUGUUGUUGGGAAACUGUCGACUUAUGUGUUUAUCGGCCUUGUAUAUCCUUGAUUAUGAAUGUCAGUUAAAUAUCAUGACAAGUAUUUAGGGUCAUCAAGUCGACGGGCAGUGGUUUCAGAUUGCAAUAUCCUGAAAAUUUUGCAGUAUGAAACCACCGUCCGCUGCCUAGAUAUUCCUAUAUACCCUAGUUUUUUUAUAAGUCAACGGAUAUAAGUUACCCUACGAAUAAAGGUAAACUGUCGUUUAUUAAAAUCCGUACUUAGACAAGAUGUAAUGUCAGAAUUGUACAUAAGUGUCGGCGUCACGAUUUCGCCACAAGUUCACGAGGGUAAAACAUUUUAACACAUAGCAACCAAUGCGUACAUGUAACUGCUAUAUGACCGUGUGGGCAUCUACGCAUAUGUAAUGAACAGAGGGACAAUGUGUUAUAUCAUAAUAUUAUGUUUAUCUUUAUUUAUGCCAUUUAAAGAUAAUAAAGGUGAGAUGUCAGACCCUCUGCGUCAUAGUAUACAAUGUAAACAUUAGAAACGAGCAAUGAAUCUUGGGUCAAAAGACUCUUGUUUGAUUUCGUCCAACAAGUCGAAAGGUCUUUUGACAAAGAUUUAAACAACAUACAUACAGCUAAUGUAUAUCUUCAUUCACCAUUGUACACUUUAAACACUUUCGGAUGGUACUGAUAGAAGAAUAACGACAGGCAAUGAAACGAAGAAAGCUAAGUGACCUACAGAAUAGAAAUGGAGGUUGUAGCUAAAUUUCAAACUUAAGCUUUGUCCUUACAGCAUAGACGAGACAUGAAAACCAUCGUAUAAUUUUAAGACCAAGAAAUUCACAGACGGAUGGCAGAAUUCAUCCCCUCAAACUACAGUAAGCGCCCUCUAGCAGAACGUACAGAAACUGCACUGCAAGAACACGCAUCCAUAAAGAAAGAGGGGGAAAGCAAAUACAAUACAUCAUUUCCUUGCGAUUGAUUGAAAAUACCAUUUGACAUAUGAAAAUCUAUAAGACUCUUCAUCCAAAAGACU